CUCUCUCGCCGGUGCUGGAUCCGAGUUUUCGAUGAAUGGUCAGAAUUCUGGACGGCAGCGUGGACACUAUGGUAUCCGAGGAGGCUCCUGGAGCGGCCUUGAGGACUAAUGGGGGCUGUGCUGAUCGGUCUGCUGCUCCAGUUCUGGUUUAGCGCCGCCGCAGGGUCGUGCUCGGCGCUCACGUGCGACGCUUGCUUACAGCUGGAGCCGCAGUGCGCGUGGUGCACUCAGCAGAACUUCACGGACUCGUUGGCGGAGGGCGAGCGCUGCGGCACGCUGGCGGAGCUGAGCGCGCGAGGAUGCCCAGAGGACGAGGUGGAGUUCCCGGGAACGCGCGCGGAGCUGCUCGAGGACGAGCCGUUGGGCAAGAGAGCAGCGCGCGCUAACGUGACCCACGUCGCGCCGCAGAGGAUGGCCCUCAGACUGAGACCAGGAACUCAGGUGACGUUCCAAGUGAAAGUGCAGCAACCUGAAGACCACCCCGUGGAUAUGUAUUACCUUAUGGACCUGUCAGCUUCCAUGAUUGAUGAUCUGAAGACAAUCACACACCUGGGAUCUACCCUCUCCAAAGAAAUGGCCAGUCUCACCAGUAAAUUCAGACUAGGAUUCGGUUCUUUUGUGGAGAAGCCGGUUCUGCCUUACAUCAAAAUUACUCCAGAGGAAUUGGCCAACCCCUGCACUAGUGUGGAUUACUCCUGUCUGCCCACCUUCGGAUACAGACACAUCCUUCCAUUGACCGGCAGCACAGAGAAGUUCAACGAGAUCAUUUCCAAGCAGCGCGUCUCGGCCAACAACGACGAUCCGGAAUGCGGCUUUGAUGCCAUCAUGCAGGUGGCAGUGUGUGGGGACAAGAUCGGGUGGCGUAACGGCUCCAUGCGCUUGUUGGUUUUUGUCAGUGACAAUGACUCCCAUUUUGGAAUGGACAGUAAAUUGGCGGGUAUUGUGAUUCCUAACGAUGGACAGUGUCACCUGGACAGCAACAAUGAGUAUUCCAUGGCGGGACACCUGGAGUACCCGACCUUAGGGCAGCUGAUAGACAAGCUGGUGGAAAACAACAUCCUCCUUUUAUUCGCAGUGACGGCCAAUCAGAGACAGAACUACGAGAAUUAUGCUAGUCUGAUUCCGGGAGCGACAGUUGGGGUUUUGGAAGAGGAUUCCCGGAACAUUCUGGAUCUGAUCAUGACUGCAUAUAAGGAGCUGAGGUCUGAGAUUGAGCUGGAAGUGCUGGGAGACACAGAACAUCUCCAGAUGUCCUUCACUGCUCUGUGUCAGGAUGGUACAGUGCAACCUGGGACCAAACGAUGCACAAAUGUCAAAGUUGGAGACACAGUGGCGUUUAACGUGACAGUGGAGCUGGCCAGCUGUCUGGACAGUCCGCGGCGCUUCUCCCUGCGGCCGGCCGGGUUCCAGGACACGCUAGAGGUGGAGCUGGAGUCACUGUGUGUGUGCGAAUGCCAUCGGACCGCCAGGCCGAACAGCACACACUGCAGCAACGGGCACGGGGCACUGGACUGUGGCGUGUGUGCGUGCCAGCCUGGAUUCAUGGGGCCCAGGUGUGAGUGUGACGAUACUGAAGGCCAGAUUAGCGACUGCAGGCCGGAGGAGGGUGCGGAGAUGUGCAGCGGGCAGGGCGAGUGUUUCUGUGGGCAGUGUGUGUGCCACCCGUCCAGUUUCGGGCGUGUGUACGGGAAAUACUGCGAGUGUGACGACUUCUCCUGCCUGAGGUUCAGAGGGAAACUGUGUGGAGGAAAUGGCAAGUGUGACUGUGGUGAGUGUGUGUGUAACAGCGGAUGGACGGGAGAGUACUGUAACUGCAGCUCAAGCACCAAGGCGUGUGAGUCAGCGGACGGGUCAGUCUGCAGUGGACGGGGGAAGUGUGUGUGUGGGAAAUGUGUGUGUUCUGUUCCUGGAGCCUCGGGGGAUAAAUGCGAGAAGUGCCCUACCUGUGGAGACAUCUGCAGCAAAACCAGGUCUUGUGUUGAGUGUUAUCUAAAAACUGAUCAAUUCUCAGAAGAGUGUGUCCACAAGUGUAACAAUGUUCACACCACUAUCAGCAACUCCACAGAGUUUGAAGCGAGUCGAGUGGUUGCCUGUACUGUCCAGAGUGAGAAUGAGUGCUUCAUCUCCUUUAAUUUGGUGACGGGUGAUAAAGGGAACACUGUGUACAAAGCUUACCUCGACUGUCCGCAGCCCCCGAACAUCCCAGUGAUUGCUCUGGGUGUGUGCAUGUCUGUGCUCACUAUUGGGAUCAUCCUGCUGGUGGUCUGGAAGUUCCUGGUGUCUGUCCAUGACAAAAAAGAGGUCGCCAAGUUUGAGGCAGAGCGAGCGAAAGCUAAAUGGCAGUCAGGAACAAACCCACUGUUCAGGAGUUCAACGUCAACCUUUAAGAAUGUGGCGUAUAAAAACACUGUCCGACCGAAGGUGGAUAUAUACUGACGAGCUGUCUGUCAGUUUAACUUAAUGUACAGAAUGUAGACUACUGUGUGUGUGUGUGUGUGUGUGUGUGUGUGUGAGAGAGUGUGUGCCUAAGUGUGUUUGUGUGUUUGUGUGUAUUUCUCUGUGUGGGAUUUUUAUUUGUAUUUCAGUGGUUUAUAUAUUUUGUUCAUGUUUACACCUCAGAAACAUGCAUUGGACAUUUUUUAUACUGUAAAUAUAAGUGCUGCUAAUGGUUUUUAAAAAAUCAAGAUCAGUCAGAACCUGGAAUUAUUGGGAUUUUUGUAUUAGUAUGAGUAAAAAAAACAUACAAACAGUAAAGUAGUUUAGAGUAGUUAUAAUUUAUUAUUAGAAUUGGCCUAAGGGAACACCUCUUCCUGUAGUUAAUGUCCUUUUAUUUAAUGUUUUUUUGGUACUGUCAUUCUGUUUGUACUGCUCUCUGGUACUGAACAUGGUUCUGUAACACUCCAAACUGUUCUUCCACACACCUUUUAUAUAUACAUCUCUGAAAAAUAUUGAGAGACCACUUCAGAUUCUGAAUCAGUUUCUCUGAUUUUGCUAUUUAUAGGUAUGUGUUUGAGUACAAUGAACAUUGUUGUUUUAUUCUAUAAUAUACAGACACCAUUUCUCCCGAAUUCUAAAUAUUGUCAUUUAGAGCAUUUAUUUGCAGACAAUGAGAAAUGGCUGAAAUAACAAAAAAAGAUGCAGAGCUUUCAGACCCCAAAUAAUGCAAAGAAAAUAAGUUUACAUUCAUAAAGUUUUAAGAGUUCAGAAAUAUAAAUAAAUAAAUAUAAAUAACCCUGGUUUUAAUCCCAAUUUUUAUGCAUCUUGGCUGGUUCUCCUCCACCAGUCUUACACACUGCUUUUGGGUAACUUUAUGCCACUCAUGGUGCAAAAAUUCAAGCAGGUUGGUGUGAUGGUUUGUGAUAAUCCAUCUUCCUCUUGAUUAUAUUCCAGAAGUUUUUAAUUUGGUAAAAUCAAAGAAACUCAUUAUUUUAAGUGGUCUCUUACUUUUUUCAGAGCUGUACAUAUAUAUUUAUUUGUGCAAUGUUCUGUGACUUGAUUCCAGGUCUUAGAAAGGAAUGAAUUCAUGGCACUGCUACAGGCAGGGUAAAACCUGGUGAACAUUGUGUGUAGUAGACGUAACACCAUACCACUUUCCGUACCUUCAGUAUAACCUUAAUAAUACUUUAUUACAAAACUAAAGCACUUCACUUCUGCUAGCGUCUAAAAAUAGACUAGCAUCUUAAAAUAAUGAAACACUUUUAACGUUAACACCACAGCGUGAGUGUUCACUCUUUUAGACCUGGUCUACUACAGGAUUUGAGAUAUACUUAGUUGGGCUUGUCCUUAGAAAUGAAUACAACAUGUACGCGAGGUGUUGAAAAGCAAAACAGGUAGAGGAAGCCCUUGAUUGAGUCCUUAAUGAAUGUCCCUCUGCCAACAGUUCUCAGUGCUUUGCGCCUGCAUUGUUUCAAUAACAACAGUGCUUGUGAAUAUAUCUAUGCUGGUGAGAAAGUGAGGUGUGUUCAGGGCAACUUCUGGUGUAUUAUAAUUUCUUAGUAUCUUAAUAACGGAAAAAACAGGAAAACACAGGUGCACCUUCAGCUUUACAGCAUGAAGGCGCUGGUCAGUGCUGAGAAGCGCUGCGCUGUUAAAAUACCAAUCUGCCAAAGUCAGAGCACACCUGGCUCUUAAAGUGAAUGGCAACACUUGACACACUGACUGGUUUAUUUCAUGUUUCGCCCAAAACACACCCAUGAUUAGUUAAGAGAAUAAGUAUGUGCCUUUUGCACAUUUCGUGUCACCCAAAACGUACUUUUGGCAUUCUCGCGAUACAAAAUACACACUGACACGACCUAAAUGAAGCUGCACGACGCACUGUUGACGGCUCGCUUAUAGAUCGCUAAAAUAUGCCCCCUGGAGCUACAGCCAGAGCAUGUUUUAUAACAAGCUAACAAACAGGGUUUAUAACAAGCUAAAAGAUUACAUAAAAAAGUUUACGUAUUAUGUCUAUGGUGCUAAAACAUUUGACAUUGUUCUGUAUCAGCUCACUCAAAAGCGCCCUCUGGUGGUCCAUCGAACCCGAGUCAGAUCUUUUAAGGGGGCAUUCUCCUCUCUAGAGAUUCUCUGGCGGAAAGAGCAUGUCAGCCAGUAAUGCACUGUAACUGAAGCUCUUCAUGUAUUCCUCCGCCACAUACAGGUAACCUAGCAAUGAUGCAGCGCUUACAAGCCAAACAUUUUUAUCAAUAUUAGAAACAAUUUUGGACAGCCAUCAACAUUAUUCUCAUCAUGUAGGAUGGAAAAAAGGGAGCAAAGUAAAUAAACUGGGUCAAAACAAAUAGGUUGCAGCCAUUGUUUUAAAGAGGGGCUAGGAACAUCUGCAUGUAUGAAGCCUCCAAAAUCACACACAGCACACACAGGCAAGUACGUAAACCAAUACGUUCACAAUGCAGCCAGUUGUCUAUGUGCACGCAUGGUCAAAAUAGCAAAGCAAGUAUAUACUAAUACGGGCAUUUAUGUUAAUAAUAGCCUAGAACUUAAUAAUAGCAAUUUCUGUUUUUAGGUAAUGUGUAUUUAUAUUGUCAGAUUGAACUAUGGCAUAAUUAGUGUACUGAGUGAAGUUCCUAAUAGGGAUGCACUGACAUUAAAUAUCAUGGGAGGGAGAACAAGACCAAACAACAUGAAACAUUUGGUUAAAUACUAAAUACUGAGUGUAUUUUUUGCAGGUUUUCUUUCAUUUUGCUACUUUUUGUCAUUGCAUAAAUUAAAUAGUCAAAACAAAUAUUACUAAACUAUCACAAAAGACAUAUGAACAGGGUACAAAAUCCUUUGGUAUAAAUUAUUUGGUUUUGUCUGAGAUUUUUGCAUCUUUAGCUGAAUAUUCAGUGUAUCGUUAUCUCCUCAUUUUUAAAGUUUUGUUAAACAGCGUAUUUCACCAUCUUGACACGAGUGACCGCUUCUUUCACAAAGAAGUGAAGAAAAGGGAAUCCACAGAACAUUAAAAAAACAGACACCAGCUUAUUUUUAAUGUUUUAAAUGAGUUUUUUUUAUUUGUUACUCACUGCUGUGGAACAGUGUGAUUCUGACUGUGAUGAAAUGUGAUGUUACUGUAAUCAGCUCCUGCAGGUCUGAGGAACACUGGAGUGGACUUGGUGGUUGGGUGGGUUCUGGUUUUUGAUUUUGUGUGAUGUGUGUGUUUAUUUUACACAGGUUUAUGAAACUGUUCUGUGAUUGGCUGCAUGAGGCUGAGCCUCAUGCUGUGUUUUUAAUAUUUUAAGUUCACUUUUGAACUAAUGUUGGAAUAAAGUUGGAGAUUUUGGCUGGGUCA